AUGAUUGUACAUAAUCAACUUUCAUCAAGUUUCAUAUUAAAUGAAGAUGAGAUUUCAAAUACAUCAAUAGAUCUACAAUAGGAAAUGCAAGAUUCAGUUUAAUUGGAGAAUAGAGACAAUUUCAAUAUACAAUUUAAUAGAUAAUCUAUAAUGUAUGACAGUACAGAAUUAUGUGAUACCAUCAAUAAACAAUUGAUUGAAGAAGAAUAAAAAUAAUUAUUACUUAAUCAGAUUACUGAAUUACGAAUGAAUAAUCAAUAAUUGGUAGAAGAAAUCAAAGAUUUACAUAUUGCUGCUGUAGAACAUAAUGAGCAUCUUUAAUUAAAGAACACUGAGAUUGCUGAAUUAAAAUUGGUCAUUCAUGAACAAAAGUAAUAAAAUAGAAAAGCAGAUGACACUAUAUAACAACUAAAAUAAUAAAUUUAAGAUUUUGAGUAUAAUAUUUUUGAGAAAGAUGAAACCAUGUAAAAUAUUUGUUAUUAUACUUUAGAGUUGAAAUGGGAGAACAAAUUAAGAAAAUAGAAAUGAAAAAAUAGAAAUUAGAAUUGUCUCUCAAAGAAAGUCGGAAUCAUGUGGCUGUCUAAAAGUAUUUUUAUAGUUAUAUAUAUUAUUUAGAUAAUAAAUUAAUAGUUUAUUAUUAAAUUGUAAUCAAAUCAAUAUAGAUGAAAUUAAAACAGAAAUUGAUAAUGAAUAAAAUAAACAUUUAUAAUCAGAAAUGUAAUCUAUCUUAAUUUUAUUAGUUAAUUGUUGUAAGAGAGUUAUGAUUAAUUAUUAAAAGAAUAAGAAGAUUCAGAAUUAAAAGAAAAUCAAAAAUUAGAUUAACUCAAAAAAGAUUAACUUCAAUAUUAACAUAAUCUAGUUGAAUUAGAGUUAUUGAAACUUAAUCUAAAUUAGAAUGCUUAAGAGAUAUUAUAGUACGAUGAAUUAAUUAAAAAAAAUGAAAUAACCAUUAAAUAUUUAGAGGAUACCAUCUAAACUUAAAAUGAUAAAUAUGCACAAUUAUAAAAAAAAUUCUAUAAAUCUAAGUAAACAAUAUUGUUUUAUUUUAGAUUAGUUGUUAAUGAACUGAAACAUAAGAUAUAAGAUUUAAUGCUUUUAUAAUAGAAUGAUAAAGCAAUCAUUCUCUAACAAUAAACUCAAAUUAAUUAAACUAAAAAAGAUUUAGGCAAAUUUAGAUAUUAAAGGGAUAGUCUAAUUGAAGUUUAAUCUAAAUUAUUGAAAUCUCAAUAUAUGGAAGAAGAAAUCCCAAUUAAGUAAUUUGAUAUCUAUAUGUAAGAAAAUAACUGGAUAUUAAAUUAAAUGAGAUGCAAUAAUUAUAGAAUGAGUUGAAUCUUAAAAAAGAUGAAUUAACUCAAGAAUAAUAAUUACACUUUAAAUCACAAUAAUAAAUUUUAGAAAUGAAAACAAAUUAAUCUACACUUGAAUAGAAACAAAUCAGAUUGGAAGAAGAAUAAAGUUCACUUAAUAUGAUUAUCAAUUAAUAAGAAAAAUAAAUUUAAGAAUAUAUCCAAUAAAUUUAAGAUAUUAAAAAUCAAAAUUAAGAAUUACAUUUAAGAAUGUCCUAAUUUGACAAAUAAACAUCACAAAUCAUCACAUAAUUCAAGUAAAAAUACUAAAUUUAUUUGAAAGUUAAGAAAUUUAAAAUUUGAUUUUCAAUUAUCAUUCAUAUGAACAAUCAUAUAAGGAUCUAGAAAAAUUGAAUAUAGAAUUGAAUGGUUAACUAAAUGGUUAAAAUGAAUUGAUGCUAAAAUUUUAGAAAUUAAGGUAUUAAGUUAAAGAUAUAAAUUUUAGUGAAGAGAAUAAUGAAUAGAAGAUACUUAUUACAGAGCUAUAAGAGAAAUUAUUGUAAUUAAAUAAAAGGUAAGUCAGAGAGUAAUUUUAACAAACUUAUUUGACAACUAAAUCAAUAUCAGUAUAGACAGAUCCAAUAAUUGAUAAAUAAGUUAUUUAGAAUGAAGAAGAUAAAUUAAGGGAUGUAGAAAAUACAAUUAAUUUUAUUAUCAAUAAUUUGGAUACAAUGAAGGAAAAGAUUAAUUUAAAUCAAACAAAUAUAAAUGAAUUACUUAGUUUUAAAUAGAUAAUUUCUAAUUUGAUUUUAAAACAACAAGGUGUAAUUUAAGAGAAUGAGUAAUGUUAUGAAUCUACAUAAAUUCACACUCCUAGAUCAAUUGAAAAAAAGGACAAUAAGGAGAUAGAAUAACUUAAUUAACAAAUUCAUUCUUUAGAACUUUAAUAAAUUGAGAAGGUUUCAAUGAUAAAUGAACUCUAAUUGUAAUUAUAAAAAUAAGAAUAAAAGAUAGAAAAUUUAAAAUUAAAAGAAACUGAAAAGCAUCUUUUGGAUAUAAUCGUUUCAGAUAGACAAUAAUUAUGUGAAUGCAAAUUAUAAUAGGAAUACAAUAAAUAUGUUUCUGAUACUCAAAAUUUUGAUAGGAUUAAGUAAUUAGAAAGUUUGAAUUUAUAAUUAAAAAUUAAGGUACCUUGUUGAUAUUUUUUUGAUAGCUUGAGGCAUAAUAGGAGAUAGCCAAAGAAAACUUGCGCUUAAGAAAAAAGAUUGCAACUCUAGAGAAUUAGGAUAUGAGACAAAGUUCAACUUCUCCUUAAAAAAUGUUUGGUAGCAAAAUGACUUUUAAGACUUUUUAAACUAAUUCUACAUAGAAAUCAAUUGAGAAAAAGAGAAGUCAUAUAACAGAUUAACAUUAUCAUUCAAAUUAGAAUAGUCUUAAGCAAUAAUUAAUUGAAUCAGAUACAAUCUAAUCUAAAAGAUAUGUUGAAAUAUUAAAAAAAUGCAUAGAGGAAUAAUAGAUGAAGUUAUAAUAGAGAGAAGAUUUAAUGAAAUAAAGCUAAGUUCUUUUAAAUAAUUUGUCGACAGAUUUAAAAAAAAAAUUAAAUUUAAUAAAUAGUGAAGAUUUAACAAAAAAAAAAUAAGUUAUAACAUUUAUUGAAAAAGUAUAGUUGUAAGUCGAUUUUGUAAUGAAAAGACUAUUAUAACUUAAAAAUACUGAUUGUGUUUCACCAACUCGAUUAGGCAAAGACUGA